AUGCAACACCCGACCUGCACUGGCUUACGCGUCCGCACCCCCACCGACGCCCAUGUCAUCUUCCACGCCGUUUCGCUGCGUCUCCUUCCCAUGAUAACCCGCCGCCUCGACACGGACGAGCGCCGUGCGAUCCAAGCGGGCUGCGUUUUCGUGUGGGAGGAGCGGGGCGGCCCGAAUACGGAGCCGAUGGGCCUGGGUAUAGAGCGCUGGACAGACUCAAUCCGCUGGGGCCCUAGUCGUGUGCGCGAGGAGUUCCUCUUCUACCACGAACGCGAGCCCGAUCCAAUCGACAUUGAUCUCAGCUACGAGUCCGAGUCUAUCUCACCUCCCGGCUACCCACCCACCCAUGCCCUGCUACGCGAGAACCUCAUCAAGCAGACCUACUCUGUCUUCGUCGAGACCCCCCACGGGCGGAGAAAGUGGCAUUUAAUCGCCUACUUCACACAAGACUCGGUCGACUACCUUCGCACGAUUGACGACAUCCCCCAACUAGCCGGCCUCCGUGUUCCGCCAGGCAUGUACAAAAGCGCGCGCCGACGCCCGGGCCAGCAACACUCCCAGCCCCACCCGCCACCACCCCCAUAUGCGCAUCAAUACGCCCCGCCCGCCUAUGACGCCCCGUCCAACCCCUACUACCCGGCGUCUGUCAUCUACACCCAAAACCCGUACCCCUCCCGCUCGCCGUCCCCGCCCUCCGCCUCCCCGCCAAGCUACCCGCUCGGGCCGGCGUCCGUCUCGACGCUGGGCUCGCCGGCGCGCUCGGCCCGCGCGUCGCCCAGUCGGGGCCUCUCGCCCGACCUGCCCCCGCUCGAGUUCCUCGAGAGCAUCCCCCCGCCGUGCCGCCACCCGCUCGACGAGAAGGCGCUCAUGUCCUUCUCCGCGGGCCUCCACUGA